AUGCCAGGAUCAAUUGGGAGACGUGUUGCAUUGGAUCAGACAAGUGGUGGGAUUGAUAUGUGGAUUGUUAUGGGGCUCAGUUCCACUCGUUGGAGGCAUUUGGAUCAUCUUGUAAGGCUCAGUAUACUGUAUAUACUAAGGCCACAGUUUUGUUUCUUAGCUUUCAAUGAGCAAAUGAGACAAGGAGAGAUUUGGGAUGUUCAGCUUUUUUUGUUGUUGUUGUUGAUCACAUUGCUUUCAAACCUCGAGGAUUAG